CUCAACUGCAAGAAAAUGCACAGUUUACUGACUUUUGUCCUAUCGCCCGAUAAUGUGAGACGUCUUGGACCACAAAACGCCAAAGAAGUGGAAAAAUUGACAUUGAAAAAUACCGAGUAUUUGUUCGGGGACACGCCGGUGGACAAACAACUUAAGCGGAAUUAUGUCUCCUUGGGGGUUUACAACGACUUGGAGGAGUUGGCUGGAGUGAUAUGUUUUAAUUGUUUUCCCAACAUCCCGGCGCUACCGCCAUGGGAGUGGGCCUAUUGGCUGCACAACAAGUACCACAUUGAUAACAUGACACCCAUGACCACGCUGUGGAUACACUACGCGGUUUGGGACCGCAGGUACACCACACUGUUCUUCAAACCCAUCCUGCAUUCACUCUUCCUGACCUAUGAACCCAUCGACACCGUCUGUAUGGUCUGUCCGCCCGGAAUCCAACGCCUGGACUUCAUUGAUGAGUACACCACAAGGGUACUACCAUAUGGUUUCACGAACCCAUCAAAAGUCCAGACCAUCUACGUAGCAAAAAAAGUCGAUUUUGUGGCUCACUACGUCAUACGGCGCGCUGUUGAAGAAGACAACGACGACCUCGUGGCCAUUAUCCCAAAAAUCAUCGAAGAGACCUAUGGCCAGUACUACAUUUCCGAGCUUUUGAGCAACUUGGACGAGUCUGGACGCCAGAUCAUUGUGGCGGAGCACCGAGGGUGCGCUGUAGGUGUCUUGUGUUUGAACGAAGAGGUCAACUAUGACCUCCUGAAUGAAGAGUUUGAGUUGGUACCGUUCAACGGUUUGAGGAAACACGAUGCUGACGAUGAAGUACUCAAAACGCAAGUCUUGAGCGCGACUGCAAUCCCAGUUUUGGAAGAUAGUACCGAGCGUUUGUCCAAUACCAGCCUCCAGGAGGAGACGCGCGAAGAGUCAGCUGCGGAGCAAGACGACCAGGACAACAUCUCCGACGAUGAGUUUUCUCUAGUCAACUUAUCGUCGUCCCUUAUUUUCAAUUUCUUGUACGAAGAGGACGAAACUAGUGAUCACUUUUUGAUGUCGGAGAGUGAAACUAGUAUCGAAAGCCACUUCAGUGCUGUUGUGCUGAACGAAGAGUACGAGGAUCACUUGUAUAACGCUGAUCGGAGUGGGGGUGGGGGUGAUGUCGAAGGGGAUGAAAAACGCAUCCCUCGACGGAAAGAAUCCAAACUGGAUAAUAUCACAAUCCCGACGUAUUAUGGCGAACCGAAUGCUUUCGCUCUUGAAAUUUGUACAGCGAUGGAUGAUCAUGAGAACUGUCUUUAUUUACUAUUCCAGGCGGCGUUUGAGUGUUUUCCAGAUAGGGAGUAUCUGAUUGUUUCGUUACCGACCGAGACACAGAUGUGUUAUUUGAAGAAACACUUUGCAAGGGUCACACCGAGACCCAACUCGGUGUUUAAUCACGAGUUGUAUGUUUUGCACAAGAGUGCGAUUUUGGGGACUUUGUGGGCAAGAGUGGCAGUUUCGGAGGAUAAGCCUUUGGUUAGCGAAUUGGUGGCGACUUUGAGUAAGCCAUCAAUUGUGGAAGAUUUAUUCAAGGAAGCGGUGGAUAGUAAGAUGGGGCAGUUUAAGGCCUAUACGUUUUUCUGCGAAGAGCAGAUGAUCGGGUGUGCGAUCGUCAGCGAAGAAGAAGAACACGAAUACCUUGAACUCCACUACAACGUCGAUCCUUGGCUAAGCCCCAAAGAAACACGUUUUGGAACCUACGGCUCUUUAGAACAAUUCCUCCUAUCUCCAAUUUUUCAACGCCAUAUCAACUUCUUCACUCGCGAAUUGCACCGUUUGAGCGACUUUGACGUCCUGUUUUACCGACUCAAACGCUACGACUACAUCUACAGCCACAGGAGCCUCCCUAUCGUCAACGCCAUCAUAAACAUGAUCCCCGUACUCCCGAAUCGAGUCCCCGAAUACAGCAAACAAAUAACCGACGAAUUUCUCCUUCCCACGUGUUUGCAAAAACACCACCAACCGUUCGGACUCUACCUAUCAUCACUUCGCCUAAGCAGCAUGCCCAAGAUCGAAAUCAACCAAAAAAUGGUCAUUAUAGGUGCAGGACUUACAACAAUUUCGUUUCUCGAAUCGUUGAUUUUUGGUCGUAACCCCAAUUAUUUGAUCGUUUUCACGAACAUAACUGUCGUAAGCCCGCACGGGGUGACCUACCAUAAGCCUCCAAGUCAGGUCAGGGAGAUGGUUUUUGUGAACGAUGGUCACGUUGAUCGCCGAUAUAUCGAUGCAAUUUCGUUAAAAACGUACGUCCAUGUUGUGACAGGUGUUAUGACUUCGAUUAACCGCAAGGAAAAGUACGUGGGUUUGAAUGACGAGUCGUACCUUCCGUACGAUUAUCUCUUCCUGAUGUGCGGUGAGCAGUUCCAGAAACCACCACUCAGGAAGAAAGAAGUCGUGAAGAAGCGAACAGAGUUCCCGCAGAACGUCUUCAUAAUUAACACAGAAGUGGACGCUGGGAACGCCUUCAAUGCGCUGAAAAGCCUAACUUCGGGGCAAAAGCAGGGCAAUAUGGUGGUUUUUGGUCAUUAUUUGGAAGCUUGUUGUUGUUUGGCUGCGUUACUUGAGUUCGGGGUUGCGGGAAGUAACCUGGUUUACAUCGAUCCGAACCCUGAUAGUUCCCUGAGACAGGAUCGACACGAGCAUUUGACUCAGUUUUUUAAUGAUAGUGCUGUGGAGACGGCAGUACUUGACGAGAUCCUUUACCAAGGGAUUACCAUCUAUCAGGAUUUUAAUUUCGUUGAGUGGCAUCUAGAUUCCACCAAAAACUUCAUAACGUCGGCGAAAUUCGAAUCCAAGUAUAAGUUUGUGGAAAUUGAGCUUUCGGCGCUUUUUAUCUACCAUUCGAAAGGUGUGAGUGCUCGCACGUUCCAAGCUAUCGCCCGUAGUGGGCUUGUGUUCAACGGACGUUUGGUCAUUGAUAAGGAUUAUCAAACCAAUGAUCCUUCCAUCUAUGGUGCCGGACCCUUGACCAUGUACUCGAAGAAGUACUACGCGGAACAUUUGAGUCACAAGUACUACAAUCCAAGGGAGAUCGGAUAUAAUCUAGGUUCAGCGAUUCGGAAGAAGUUAGUACCGGAGCAGUUCUGGGAUCCCCCGGUCAAGGAAACAUUGAUUCAUCAACCGGUGGUUCAAAUUUGCAAAUUCCCCGGAAACUUGUGCUAUUUGAACGUGUUUAAAGCUGGUCGGCCGGUACCACUAGAUGUGGCCACCAACAAGUGCAAUUAUGGCCGUGUUUUGAAAACCGGCGAUUGUAAGAGAUUGGAUAAGCAAGGGUACUUCCGCCUGCACUUGAACCAGUUUCAAACCGUCGAAACCAUCACCUGUUUGGCCAAAUUUGACUUGAAAGUGCACAAUUUGAUCAAUUUGUGGGGCAAACACGAGAUACUCCUUAAUCAUCUCUUGUUGCGGUACGAUUUGGGGAUGAUCCCCGAUAUGUUCCAGUUUUUCGACGAGCCUUGGGCUUGUGCUAUUUAUCACAGAGACUUUCCAAGGGUCAUUGACGAAAUCUCUGAGUUGUUACUGACGGCGGAAACCAACGAAGGGGUGAAACUAGUCGAUGAAGUCCGCGCUCAGUUGGAGAAAAAUGACUGGAACCCGUUGACGAAAAUACAAACCGACGAAAUUGAAGAAAUGUGUCGGGAUACAAGCUUGAUUCCUUUGAUUGAGAGAAAGGUUUUGGACUUUUUGCACGAUAAUUUCAUGUAUUUGCCCAUGUAUGUGCACCAGUUGUUGAUCAGGUGGAUUUUGCAUCAAAUUCAAACGAGUCCCUUGUUCGUCAAAACGACGUUCAUUUCAAACACUAGGAAGAGUUUUUCGCCGGGGAUUCCCUUCCUGAUGCGGCCCACACAGUCGAGGAUGGAAUAAAAUAUGAUACAGUAGAGAA